CCCGCCGGCCCCAAGGCCUCUCUCCCCGCCGCCCCCUGGCCGGCGACAUGAGGCGCCCGCGGUGCCUGCUGCCGCGCUGCUGGCUGCCCGCCCUGCUGCCCUCCCUGCUGCUGCCGGCGCUCCUGGGCCCCCGCCUCGCCGCCGGGGUGGCCCUGCAGCCCUAUCAUUCUUCUCCAGAGUCUAUCGAACCUGAGGAUAUACCUUUGGAAAGUACUGAAAUGACACACGAUCAGCUGCUGAACUAUCAGUUGAUGUUUCCCAUCGGCCAGGACAAAUCCAUUCCCUGGAAUGCCAUCACUGCAUAUGAAAACAUGAAAGCAAAGAGACUAUCUGAACUCAAGAAAUGGAAAGAGCAGGGACCCUGUCAGAAGGAGCUCUACAGAGCCCUGUAUAAACUGGCGAAGGCUCAGCAGAGAAGCGGGGGGGAGAUUUACAAAUUCUACUUGCCCAACUGCAACAAGAAUGGAUUUUACCACAGCAAACAGUGUGAAACUUCACUGGAUGGAGAGUCUGCUGGAUGCUGGUGUGUCUAUCCAAAAAAUGGAAGAAGAAUUCCUGGAUCUCCGGAAACGAAAGGAGACCCUGAAUGCCAGCAGUAUCUCAACUCACAAGAAUAAAACUAAACACGUUCAUUCACAUCAAGUCUUCUAUGGGGCCUCACCUAGUCAGGAGACAUUUUAGUUGUCAGGAGACAUUUCGAUAAGGUAGUUUUGUGCCCCUCAUUUUCUGCAUAUGAGUAACUCCGUAAAGUAGCUUGUUUACUGCACUGGGAUUACUCAGAUUCUCAAGUGACAGAUAUGAGCAACUGCAAGAUCAAGUCCUACAAUCUUGUAGAUUUUGUUUGUAUAAUAUUAUAGAUACUUUCAUAUGUAAAGCUGUUGAAUUAUUUAUUUCACAGUACAUGUAUUUUUGUCUCUGUGUUGUUACUAAUUUAUAUCCUCAAAUACUUCAUAACUUUAUAUGUAAAUACUUAAUAUUAUUGCUCUUAAAUGUAUGCAUCUUAUAUUGGAGGAAUGUUGCUACUUAAAACUUCAAAUGGCAUAACUCUACUGGGAAAAAUGGCUUGUAAACUUGCAUUUUUGUACUAUGUAUUUAUAGAUGAAAAACUGAAUUUUAAAAAAUAGCUUUCAGUAGAGAACACGCUUAGAAACUUAUUUAAAACCUGUUUUGUUUAUAUAUCAUGUUGCUUUUGCACCUCUAUUUCAAUGUCAAGCUGUUUCUUAAAAAAGUAAGUCUAAACCUUGAUUAUAUACUGAAGGUCCUGAUGGGACAGUAUUUGUUUCUAUUUUCCAAACAUAUGCACUGGAUAAAUGGCAAAACACAACAAGAUAUUCUGUGCCACCUUUGACAUGUUGACAUUGUCAUGUUAUUUAAGAUGAGCUAUUAAAUAAUGUCUUCUAUA